ACGAAACUGUGUAUUUUGCUCGGUCUCUUGUUUUGUGAAGAGGAGGAGUUUUGUUGAAGGGAUGCUGCAAUAAAAUAUUUAAUAUGAACACCAUAUGGAAGAGGUCACCUAGAUGUUUACAGUUGCGGUUCUAUUCUUCAAGAACAGCGACUCCAUUUUCUUAUGAAUCUCCGGAUGUAAAACCAUUUCAAGAAAUUCCAGGUGUUACUGGAAAAUUUGCAUUACCAUAUUCAGUUGGUAAUAUAUUCCUUCUGAGAUCAUUGGGUUGUUCUACUUAUUCGUUUGAUUUGAGAGAUUUUGUAACCGCUCUACAUAAAAGAUAUGGAGACAUCGUGAGGUUUAGAACGACUCUAAACAAAUGGGGAGUGCUCAUUUUUCAUCCAGAUCUUGGAAAAGAGGUCCUCGAGAUACAAGCUAAGAAUCCUUUUCGUCCGCCUGUUGACAUUCUCAAAAUAUACAACGACAAGGAAGACUUCAGCCAAAGCUUGGCAACAUUAAAUGGCGAAGAAUGGGCCAAGCUUCGAAAACCUUCACAGGAAUUGAUAUUAAGACCAGUUGCUGUUUCUGCAUAUGUUGGAACCUUGUCCAAAGUCGCUGAAGACUUUGUAGAAAAAUAUAAACAUGGCGGAAAAAUUGAUGACCUUCGACCUGCGCUUGUCAACUAUGCUACAGAAAGCGUAGGCAUGCUUUGCUUCAACAGACGUCUUGGUUGUCUUGAGGAUAAACCUGUGAUUGAUAUAAACCUCCUGGAAGACUUGUUUGACGCCAUAGACCGAGAUUUGAAGGGUAUGGGUUUUAAACCCUAUCGCUUCUUUACCACACCACUAUACAGAAAGUUUAAAAGAGGAGCUGAUCAUAUCCAUGGCGUUUGUGAAACUGAGAUCAAAGGUGCUUUGGAAAAACUUGAAAAUGCCAAAAAAGAAGGGAAGCUCGAGGAAUAUCUCCAGGAGCCAAAUCUGAUGUACGCAUUACUAAGUCACCCGAAGAUGACACCUAAAAGUGUGGACAGAACAAUCAUGGAUUUGUUUAUUGCUGGUGUAGAGUCAACUUCAAAUACCUUAAGUUUUCUGUUGUUUGAACUGGCAAAAAACCCUGACAAACAGGAGAAUCUUCGUAACGAAAUAAUUUCUGUGUGUGGCCAAAAUGAUAUCACUAAGGAAAGAUUGGCUAAAAUGUCUUAUCUGAAGGCCUGCGUCAGAGAAACCAUGAGGAUCUAUGCACCAACUUCACCGGGCUCGUAUCGGCGUUUUGACAAAGACGUAGUUGUUGGGGGAUAUCACGUUCCUGCUGGGACAGAGAUUGCAGUCUGUCUACAACAGAUGUGUGAGGAUCCCAGGUUUUUCAAAAGUCCUGAGAUAUUUCUUCCGGAAAGAUUUGUCAGAGAUGACAAUACUCUCACAGAAGAAUAUAAAAACACCAAUCCAUUUGCCACCCUUCCAUUCGGAUUUGGUCCUAGAAGUUGUAUCGGGCAACGGUUUGCAGAAACUGAGAUUUAUGUACUCACUGCAAAGAUUUUCCAGCGUUUAGAAGUUUCUCUCCUGCCAGGAACUGAUCCAGUUAUGGAGUAUAAAUACCGCACAUUUGCAACGCCAAAACAUGCUGUAGCGAUAAUGAUAAAACCAAGAGAGAAUAAGAAUUGAACACACACUCACACACGAGUUUUUUAAUUGCUUAUUUCUUCACACCUUAUUUCACAACUCGGCUCUCCUAUCAGUUUCUAAAGUCAAAGGCAUAACCUGACUGACGAGUGCAUAAAAGGAUUAUUUUUCUCAACGUGCAUCCUAUUGCUUGAUGUAUUGUACUUAUUUGCAUAAUUAUAUUUUAUUUCUAAUUACAACUCCUAUAUUAUAAUUUUCAGGGGUCAGCUUUUUAGGAGUAGUGUAAAAUACAUUAAUAUUUUUUUACUUUUAUAUAUAGAUAUGUUAAUAAAAAAUUAUUAUGACA